AUAGUUGAAAGUACAUUCUAACCUUAUUUACAUGUGAAGUUAAAUAAAUAUAUAGAUACCCAGUAUUAAUAUAUACUACCUGCAAACAAUAAAAAAUUAAUGCAAUGGCAUCUCAAGCACUAGCUUCCUUAACAGCUACAUAUACAGACUCCGAAGGAGAAGAAAAUGUUGAGGAAGAAGAGCAAAGUGAAUUAAUUGCAGAAACUCAGAGCGGAAGCAGUUCUGCACCUUCAACUCCUCCAAAAAAUCUUAAACCUAAUACAAAACCCAGAACAAAAACUAGAUUAGUAAGUUAUCAUGAUGAUACGAUAGCAUCUGAUGAUGAUGAUGAAGAAAAUGAAAGUGAAGAAGAACCAGAAGAGCCCUCUGAAGAAGCUGCAAAUGUAGAAGAUGUUCCAGAUGAUAGCGUCAUCGAUAAAAAGUAUGAACAUCUAGGCGUAAAAUUACCUCCAGAACCUGCUGGAAAGUGUCCUCAGGAUCUACAAAACAAAAUUAAUAAACUUUAUGAUAAAAUGAUUCAAGAGAAGCUGGAUAUGAAUAAAGUCAUUCAAGAGAGAAAGGAUUUUCGAAAUCCUAGUAUAUAUGAAAAAUUAAUUCAGUAUUGUGGUAUUAAUGAAUUUGGAACUAAUUACCCACCUGAAAAAUAUGAUCCAUUCAGGUUUGGUAAAGAAAGUUAUUAUGAAGAGCUAUCGAAAGUGCAGAAAGUAGAAAUGGACAAACGGGAAAAAGAACGCAGGGAGCGAAAUAAAAUAGAUUUUGCUGCUGCACAGGCAAAGCGUCAAGAAGAGAAAGAAGCUAAAAAAAGAAAUUCAAAGUGGGAUCAGCAAGGUCCGAACGGAACUGUUAUACCCACUAUUAAGCCUGCUGGUUUAGUGCAACCUACUUUAACUAAAAAUGUUACUGGUAGCAAAAGUACAGUAAUAUCUGCAUUUGGAAUACUGCCAAGCAAGAAACCAAGAAUUUGAAUUGUGGUUUUAAUGUUUUCUUCGAAUGACAAUUGUGUAUAUACCAAUUAAUAUAAUAUUUAGCUUUAAUAAAUAUAAUUUUUAUAAAGCCAUUUGUUU